GAGGAGAAGAAGAAGAAAGGAAGAAAAGAAAAGAAGGAGGAGGAGGAGGAUGAAAAGGAGCGUGGGCAGCAACAGGAAUUUCCUAAAAGAAACAAGAAGAGAGGAAAAGAAAGAGAAGCAAGAGAAAGGUAA